UUGGGUAAGAAGAAAAUGGCAAUGGCUGGGGUUGGGGUUGGAUAUAUGAAUGUCAUGAAAUCCGUUGAUCGAAUUGUGAGAAGUAACGGCGUUUCCUUGGUGGCUAAGGUGCCACCGCCAUUGCCGUCAAGCUGUUUCUUUAUGCCCCUAAAGCGAAAAUCAAUAGGGUAUCAUUGGCAACUCUACUGCUGCAGUGUUAGUAAUAACAACAGUGAUAAGAGUUGUUACCUAACAUUGAAGGAUGAAGAGCUGAUGCGGCAGUGCCAGAUGACCAGCUUCAAAGCGUCCGGCCCAGGCGGUCAGCACCGUAACAAGCGAGAGUCCGCCGUUCGUCUCAAGCACCUCCCCACCGGUAUCGUUGCCCAGGCCGUUGAAGACCGAUCCCAGCACAUGAAUCGUUCUUCUGCCUUAGCUCGUCUCCGCACUCUUAUUGCUCUCAAAAUAAGAAAUCCCGUCUCUCUUGAAUCAUACUCUCCUCCUCCCGAGCUUCUUCAAAUUCUUCCCCAAAGCUCAACUCUCAGGACAUCUGAUUCUGGUCCCCAAAUUGGCCCCAACAAUCCUAAAUUUGUAUCGGGCAUGCAGGCACUGCUUGAUCUAAUCUUUGCAGUUGAAGGGUCUAUAUCUGAUGCUGCAAAGUUUCUCGGGAUGAGUACUGGGGCACUGUCACGGUUAAUACUAUCAGAUGAUUCCCUUUGGAAGGCAGUAAACGAGCUGAGGGUUUCCAAGGGUAUGAAGUCAUUGAAGUAGCACUGUCAUAUGUGGAUGCAAAUCAUUCCUUUGCGUAUCAGAUGGUGCUUUUUUUAUUUACAACAACGGUCUGUGUACACUACAUUAUAAUGGUCAACAAUACUGAUGUGAAGGAUGAUCAUCUUAUGUGCCAAAGUCAGAACAUUCAGUGAAGAGGGUUUGGUUGAGAGGAUGCAAUAUAUUUUUCCAAAUUCUGAAUUCAAAUGAACUGGAGGCAAUUGGUUUAGUUAGUUGGUGUUAUUUAAUUAAAGAACUUGGCAAUUCUUAGUUUUUUUUUUGUUAUCAUUUGGAG